GUCCAUUUAAAAUCAUCAAUCGAAUUAAAGAGAAGUGGUUUUAACAACUAUAAAAUAUAUAUUUGUUUUUGUUUUAUUGUUGUUGUUGUAAUUUUCUAGUGAACAAAAUGCCAUCAUGUUUAAACAAGAAUUAAAAAAUACGUGAAAAAAGUAGCAACAUAAACAAAUUUUGGCGCCAAUUCUUUAUUCACCACAUGUGCGAUGAAUUACGUAAUCUUUAUGAUUUUUUCUUUUUAUACUACAAAAUACUCAUAAAGAAUAAUAAUAAAUAAUUAUAAACAAGUGAAAAACUUUUACUAAGAUCUCAUGAAGAAUUUAUUUAGUGAUCGUUCACAUUCGGCCAAACAUCAACAAUCAUCUUCAUCAACGUCGACUAUUCAAGCAUCGAGAUCGACCACGACAAAAGCUACUACACAUCUUAAACCAAUCCAUCGAAAUCAUCAUCAUCAUCAUCAUACAGAUGAACAUAGUAAUAGCAGUAGCAAUGAUUCUAUAUCACGUCGAUGUUUGAUGACUACAACCAGCCAUAAGAAACUUCGAUCAACGAAGCAAUAUUCCACAACAUCAUCAUCGUUGUUAAUAUCAAGCGAUUCCAAAUUGACCACUUUCAACAAUAGUUUACGUCAAAAUCAUCACAAUAAUAGCAUUAGUAGUGGUAAACGAAAAGCUGUAACAAAUAAUUCACAACGUACAAAUACUAUAAACGGUAAAGAAUAUCAAAGGAAAUCUCAAACGGUCAAACGUAAUCGCAUAACGGGUUCAUCUUCAUCAUCACGUCGACGUUUGACAUUUAAUGAUGUUGUAACAUUUGGCAGCAAUCAUAAUGAUAAUAACGAUGAUGAGGUUGGCAUUCAAAACUUUGACGACGAUGACCAAGAUCAUGAUGGUGAUGAUGAAAAUUCUAUGAAUGCAAUCGAAAAUAAUGGAGAAGAAAAUGAAUCAUUUAACAAUUCAUCACAUGAUGAGCAGCAUGAAGUUAUGAUUGGUGAUCAUGAAUCUUGUUCAUCAUCAUCCAAAAAAGGAAACAAAACUGAAUCAUUCAAUACUAACAAAUUAUCAUCAUUAUCCACAUCUAUUGUCGGUAACAUUACGGCACCGUUUUCAUUGAGAAAACAAAUUGAAUUAGCCGUACAGCUUUCAAUUGAUGAACUAUCCGUUGAUAACAAUUCGAUAACAUUAAGUCAAACACCAUUUAUUGAAUCAAAAUCUCGAUCGAAUAGUCCUAAAUUAUAUCAUCAUCAUCAUCAUAGUCAACAACAGCAGGCUGCAACUACGAUAUCAUCAAACAAUAGAUUAUCUGAUUCAGAAUCAUCGAAUCUUUCAAAUCAAGACGCACAUUCAUCAUCGUCAUCAUAUCAUCAUUCACAAAGUUGCGAAGAAUCGUCAAUUCAUAACCAUAAUCAUCAACAUACACAUCCAUCGUCGUCGUCAUCAUCAUCACCAGCAUCUUCGUCAACAACGGCAUCAAGAAAAUUUUUUCGUAAUAACAAAGGUGAAACCGAACUUCAUUUGGCUGCCAUUCGUGGCGAUUUUGGCCGAUUGGAACAUUUGCUUCAAUUAAACAACGGAGGCUUCGGCUGUGGUUCAAAAAAAUCAACUCGAUCCAAUCCGGUUGAGCAACCAACAUCAACUUCAUCAUCAUCAUUAGAUUCACAUAAUUGUACAGCUACAUCGUUUGCUGCAGCGUAUGACAUUAACAUACAAGAUUUUGCUGGUUGGACAGCCCUGCAUGAAGCCUGCAAUCGUGGCCAUACACAAGCAGUACGCGUAUUGGUUAAUCAUGGUGCCAAUGUGAAUGCUUCGGCUCAAUGUGGAACAACUCCUUUGAUCGAUGCUGCAUCAAAUGGUCAUCAGACCAUCGUUAAGAUUUUAUUGAAACACGGUGCGAAUCCAUUACAACGAAACAAACGAGGACAAUCAGCCAUUGAUUUAGCUUAUGACGAACACAUAGAAGGAUUACUUCGAAAUCAUUUAGAAAAUAAACAUCAAUCAAAAACUAUUUCAUCAUCGUCCUCGAGCAAGAAAAGUGUUCAACCUUCUGAUGACGAUAGUGACGAAGAAUUAUUAGCUUCGAAAUUGGAAGAUCAAAACGAUUUGAUUAACCAACAGCAAUUGAAAGAAGACGAAAACGAACAAAACAUUGGAAAAUCUUCUGUAACAUCAACAUCUGAACAAACAAUCCGUUGUGACCGACACUCAUCCAUUAGAACAUCCGAUAAAUCGAUUAUGCCGAGCCAACAAACCACAUCCAUCACGAAUACAACAUCGACAACCACAGUAACAACUGCAUCACAAACGCCAUCAACAGUAUCAUCAUCAUCACCACCUCUGCAUGUAUCAUCAUUUUCUUCCCCAGUGUCUACUUUAUCAUCAACAACAUCUGCAUCAGUCAUUACAUCAGCAAUUAGUUCCGGUAAUGGAACAAUUACUACAGCAACAACUACAACGACGACUGGAUCAGAAUCAUCGAAACAAAUAUCAUCAUUGGUAACGACAACAUCUAAUAACAAUGAUUCUUCUGAACAAAAAUCAACAUUGGAAAAUGAUGAUUUAAAAAAGAUUGCAUCGUCGAUAGGCAAUGAAACAAAAAAAUCUUCAGGCGAUGGCUCUGGUUCAAGCGAAUCCGGCCUUACAAGUAGCCAAGUAGACGACGGUAAUAAAAGCGAAACCGUUGAUAAUUCGAAAAACGAUACAGAACAACAAACAUCAUUGUCAGUGGUUGAAUCAGGCAAUAUAACAACAUCAGCAAUAGUAUCAAAACAAGAUGCUCAUGUUAAUGAAAACAUUACAAAGGAUUCGGUAAACACACCAGCUUCACAUCAGCUUCGAGGCCGUAAAAGACGUCGUAGUGGUGAUUCGGUUAAUAAUAGUGCUAAAAAGACGCCCAAAGAUUCAUCAAAAUCAUCAAAAAGAUCUCAGCAAGAUGAUUUAAUUGAUUCAGGAUCCACACCAGUGAACAAAAUAGACUCAAACAAUUCAUCAACAGCUGGAGAAGAUGGUGGUCAAAGAAAUAAAGAUAAUGAUGAUGGAAAAAACGUGGAUCCUUCUUUUGCUGGUUCGUCGCAUACAGCAACAUCCAACGUAUCAUCUAACAAUAGCGAACAAAUGAUGAUGAGAGUUCCGCCCAUACGGAUCGUAUUGCCACCAUCAAAUUCGAAUUCGGUUUCUAAUUCUUCAAGUGCUGUUGUUACAGGUGGUGGUGCCAAUAGCACUGUAAAUAGUGGGCCUUCUGGAUCCAAUCCUUCGAUGAUCGUGAUCAAUCCAGUAAACAGUGGUAAUGGAUCGCAAACUGUUUCCUGUGUUGAUCAGUAUGGUAAUGGAAAUACUACAAUCGGUGGAAACAAUGUUAUAAAUGGUGGUGGUAAUGGUGGUCAGCCAGCACAAAAAUAUCCUUAUGUUGUUACUUCGACUGGUGAUCAGCAGCAAACCAAACAAAUGGAAUCGGUAGAUAAUUUAAAUGCUGAAUCACUGACGAAUCAAAGCAUCAAUACAUCGGCUGUGAUAUCAUCAACAAUAUCUAAUUUGAGUACAACGUCGUCAUCAAUUUUUGCAAGUUCGGCAUCUUCAUCGACAACGACCAAUACUACUGCAACAACCACCACAACGUCAAAUCAUCGUAUUACACGAAGUAGUCAACGUGUAGCUCAACAAAAACAUCAUCAUGAUGAUGAUGCACCUGUUUCAACUGGUACAAGAAAAAAGAAAAAUCGAGCACAAGCAAACACAGAUCGAUCAUCAUUGGGACAUGCAGUGGGAAAUACGGCCACUUCGAAUACGACAGCUGUUGGUGGUUCUGGUAAUUCUAACAAUCCCGCAAGUGGUGGUGGGACAAAUACAAAUUCCAACUAUUACAAUUAUUCAAAUGAUCGUGGAUCGGGCGCCAGUAGCGGACAAUCUAAUUUAAAUCAAUCAAAUCAAUUGACUGGAACAAAUUCUAGCGGACAGAUUAGUGAAAAUGCUGAUGGUGAUGGUAACAAUAAUAAUAAUGAGAAUGGUGGUGGAGGUGACGGUAGUGGUGGGCCUAAUGGUACCGGUAAUACAAUCGGUCCGAACGGAUCAAACGGAGAAUUCAACAUGAAUCUUUAUCAGUAUCAACCGGAACGUAGUUCGCAUCGUAUGUUCAUGGCUAUUCGUGAUCAUGUACUCCGUCGACGUCGGACAAUGCCAAUACCUACAAUGAACGAAUCAAAACAACCUCCUGGAUUUCAGAACUAUUUAUUAAAUCGUUGCGAUUACCUGUUAAGAACAACUCCACAGCCAAAAUUACCCGAACAUUUACAAAUGACUUCACCACCUACUAAAUUGGCCAGAGAUUCGCCAUUGUAUUCAUUGUUUAUCGAACAGGAACGAGAACGUCAUCACCUACGAUUGCGACAUCGAGUUGAACAAGAUAAACUUUGUAUGGUUGUACAACAGGAAACAUUACGUCUUUAUAAUCGUGCCGAUAUGUAUAAGAAAAAUCAAACAAUGCCAUUGUCAGUGUGUACAUACUUGAAAGAUGAAGAACUUUAUAACAAACUUGAACUUGAAACGGACCAUUCCCAAGACAACGUGAUCAUUGCACAGAUCAAAACAGAUAAUCCAUCAUUUUUAAAUGAUGGCCCAUCAGCAUUGACCGGUUGUGGCCGUAUACGUUUUAAUGGCCGUGUUUUUCUAUCAUGGAAAAGUGAUGAUGAUGAUAAAUGGAACAAGAUCAAAAUAGAUAUGUUGAAUCGUCAACAAAUGGAAGCAGAAUCAUUAGCAUCAAUUCAACGAUUACGGUGGCAAUGGAAACUGGCUGAAUUAGAACCAAGUAGUGGUGGAUCUGGAUCAUCCACAUCAAACCUAACAGCUGAUAUAAAUAACUUACCACCAAUGCCCAAUGUUAGUGAAUUGUUUGUGCCGAUCGUACAAGUUGUGAAAGAUUUUGAAUUGAAACCUAAUUAAUAUAAAAUUAUUAUUUACUUUUUCAAUUA